UACAAUUUUACUAAUUAUUAGAUGUAAAAUACUGAAGCCCAACUGAAGCCAGCGACAAUCUUUAUCUACUAUAUAAUAAUAAUAUUAAACUAAUUAAUCGUAUGAAGCUUUUCGAUUUAAUUUUAGGUGUUCGUAUGAUCUAUUCAAAGGAUUAGAAUUGUGAAACAGUCAUAAGAAACAUGGCUAGACUGGGAAAAACUGCACAAGAGUUCAUUCAAGAUUCGUUUUCACCUAUCAUCGCUGUUCUGUGUAGCCCAAAAGUUGAAAAUGUCGUAUCUAAGAAUAAUUUGUCUUUUACUGAGAUGUUGCAACCGUUCGCUACUAUGGAUUGGGAAGGGCAAUUCAAAGAUGCAAGUGGUAAUACAUGUUCUAUAAAGAAUUGGAAAUUAAUUAUAAGAGAUGUGAACUGGAAGCCACUACAGCCUACAGAGGCAAGAAGACAGUUAAAUAAUGCCGUGCUACAUAACUAUCAUGACAAAAUUGUAUCCCUUGAAAUAGAUGGGCGAAAAUUUGAUAUUCCCCAAUCAACACACUGGUUUGAUGCCUGGAGAGAAACAUAUUUGGAAGUACAAUUUCCUUCAGACCAUGAAUUCACCAAACACUUCAUAUCUUGUAUUAUAGUUGGUACAACAUUAGAUGAUAAUAUAAUAGAUACUUUUAAUAGCUUAAACCAGCAAUAUGCUAUGUUACAAAAUGUGGCUCCUCCAAAAUUACCGAAGUGGUUCAACAAUAGUGUGUUAAAGUCUUAUCUUCUUCUUCAUGAUGUAUCUGCAGUACCUAAAGAAAAAGGAGAUGCUGCAUUUGAAACUCUGAAGCAAACAUUUGGAGCAACUAACUGCUUUAUGUUACCAAUUAAUUCUAAAAGUACAUUAGAUCAGAAUGUGCCAACUGAUUUGUGGGCUCAAUUUGUAAAAAGGUCUUCUCAAGGAAAUAAUGAGAUGUCAACAUCACUAACAAACCUACCCACUACACCGGCUGAACCUCAACCGUCAUUCCCCAUAACUGUAACAAACAUUCAAGAUGAGAAUAGUGCAGCAAUGUCAGCAAUGAAUGCAGACACUUCUCAUCCUCUAACAACUUCAGAAACUGAUGUUUAUGAUAAUGCAAAUAGCCUGCAGACUCAUUCCUUCUCUGGUAGUUCAGAAAGUAUGAAUGUGGCUGGCAAAGGUCUGGAUUACUCAACAGAAGUUCAUGGUACAGCUUUGAAUUCAAAUGAUAUUGAAGGUAUCAAAAAAUUUCUGCAAGAAUAUGCUUCAAAGGCAUUGUUGCCUUAUAUGGAAAAGCAAAUAUCGCAGCUAUCUGAAGUUGUUGCAAACAGGAAAGGUGUGAGUAGAUCAUUGCUAUCAGCCACAAAGCGGUGGUUUGGCACUGGAAAGGCAGGAAGUACUACAGGCAACAGUGCUGUCAUAUAUACAAGUGACUGCCCAGAAUUACAACUACGGCGAUUGGGCGACCUGUGGUUCUUAUGUCGGCAAUGGCAACGAGCUUUUGACGCCUAUCACACGGCAAAAAGGGAGUUCUAUGCGGACAGUGCGUGGCUUUGUUACGCCGGCGCCCUCGAGAUGGCGGCCAUCAGCGCGUUCAUGGCUGGAGAUUCAAACCGCAAAACACAUGGCUAUAUGGAAGAGAGUAUAGUUACUUAUCUUAACACCUGUAGGAUGGUCCAGUAUGCAGUAAGGGCGACCUUGUUAUCCGUGCUAUGCCUAAGUGGAUCAGGAUUACACGGAGAGGCUGCCAAACAAUUGAUACGUAUGACGUCAGAGGACAGCGAUUUGCGCAGUGCCAUGCUUCUUGAACAAGCAGCACUGUGUUUCUUAUCCGGCCCAGCUUCUAAAGGCAUGUGUAGAAAGUACGCUUUCCAUAUGGUGUUGGCAGGCCACAGAUUUUCGAAAGCUGGACAAAAGAAGCAUGCAUACCGAUGUUACAAACAAGCUUACCAGGUGUACGAGUGCAGCGGCUGGCGGCUGGCGACGGACCACGUGCAGUUCGCGCUGGGCCGCCUGGCGGCCGCGCUGCGCCUGCCGCGCGACGCGCUGCGCGAGUACAUGCUCGCGCACCAGCAAUGGGUGGAGAGCAGCCCAGAGCCGCGACAGGUGCUGGAGCCGCUGCCCCUGCCGCUGGCGCUGGUGCGCGAGACGCGCGUGGUGUGCGUGGGCCCGGCGCCGCUGGGCGCCCCGGGCCGGCGCCCAGCCACGUCGCUGAGUCUGGCGCCCACGGUGGAGGACGAAGGCCCUACCGCCCCUGCCACCUGGCGUACCCUCGAGGAAAUGCUCCUACAAGUAGCACAAGGCUCAGUGCCUAUGAUAUUCAAACCCACCGUAGACCUUUACACUGAUUCUACCGACUGCGAACCGCUUGUGCCUCAAGGAGAACCGAUCCAGAUCUCCGUGACUUUGUGGAAUCCAUUAAAGAUUUCCUUAGUUUUAAAAGAUGUAGAAUUAUUGUGGCGAUUUGUAGUGACAAGUGAUGACUCUACAACUGAUCCUGAAGAAGUACUGAGCAAUGAACAAGCUGUGUCAGCCGGCCAAGCUUUAGAGAGUAAUGUCAUAGUAAGCCAGAAAAUAAAAUCUGUGCUUCUGGAAGGUGAUUGUAAAAAAGUAUUAAUAUUUACUGUCACCCCACUUAGAGUGGGCCGUAUUAGUAUUCACGGGUUGGCUUACAAACUCAUCAAUACUGGGGAAGGCAGUACUGAAAAUGGCAACAACGUCGUAAUAUCAGGAAAAGUUAAUCUAGUGUCUGAUGGAAAGAGUCUUGAUAAACGGUUACAAAUUACUGUCAUACCAGAAGCUCCUUGUUUACAGAUGACGUUUUCAGAAAUUAGUUCGGAUAUAAUUAGUGGUGAAAUGAGAACUGUUGAUGUAGAGUUUACAAACGUGGGUCCCGUCGAUAUGAACGAUCUCUUCAUUGCUGUAUCCCAUCCUGAUUGCGUCAAUCUCAUCACUGGCGAUGAGGAGGAUGAUUUUAAAGUUUUAUAUGAUGAAAAGUACCGUGAGCUACCGACAUAUUCAGGUAAAUUAUAUGUAAUAAUAAUAUAAUAAUAAUAAUA